UGCUACACGACACAUCCACCACAAUCUCUUAUGUUCGAAGCAAUGUUUCUGAAAAUAGAGAUGUCUAGCUCUGCAUGUUGUUUGGCGAGGAUGGCGCAGAAGGAGUCUGCAGGUGUCAUAAAGCGCCAAAUGCAGUACAAACCAAUGACUCCACCAUGGAAAGAAACAUACAGAAAGAGAUGUAUGAGCAGACUGAAGAAAAAUCGAGAGGCCUUUCUGAACAGAUUCCGAACUUCUGAAAGUAACAACAACAACAAACCAUCACUUGUUAGGAAUCUCAUGGUUCAAGAGUGGAAAACUCUGCAGGCAGAAGAAGGUGGACUUCCACAGUUAUCUGAUAAUUUUGAUCUCCAAUCUGCACCAGAUGACACAGAUGUUGAGCAGGUUUUGUCAAUUUUGGAAGAAAUAAAGUCAGAACUGCUUUUAGAAGAACAACGCAUAUUGGAGGAGUAUGAAAAAAGUUUGGCUUUUGACGAGGCUGGGCUUUGUGCUGCAAUAGACCAAUUAAAAACAGAUGAAGUCAUUUGUCCUAUAUGUAAAAAAAAUCCACUUAUGCAGAAUAAACAAAUUAUAUUUUGUUGCUGUGGGAUGAGGAUUGACACAGAGCUGGAUGGGUUGAAUAUAGCCAAUAUCAAAAGUCAACUUGAAGAAGGCAUAUCAUUACACAAUACUCAGUGCGUGAAAGAAGCCAAGUUUUCAGUGAUGAAACAAGCAGGAGUAGAAAAUCUUCUUAUGACAUGUGAGACCUGUGACUUUAUGUUUAUUGUGAUAUGACAGUGCAGGGGACUUCACUUGAUAGUGUGGUGCUUGGACUGGCCCAGAAGAACACACAGUAAGAUGAGGUGCUUGCCAGCAGAUUCAGGCUCCGGUUGCUGCUUUCAUUAAACUGUUGUACAUGACUACAGAAUUGGUUGAAUCAUGCACAUAUUCUAGUAGAGUACAAAUUGUGCAAUUCAUGUGCUGUUUGACAAAAUGUUAACAAAUCCAAAGAACUUGCAACAGUUUAGUAGUGUUUUUUUCAUUCUUUGAAUAUGUUUAACAAAAUUUAUACAAGUCUAAAGAAAUAGUAAAUUUUUUUGUUUCGUUUGUUGAAUAUGUUGUCAUAUGCCCAUUUCCAUUUUAUACAUGCUCAAUAUCUGGAGCUCAAAGCAGCCAGCUGAUUCCUCCUUCCUGCGUUCAGCAAGGCUUUCCAUUGCCCAGCGGUCAUUUGGAUGGCCAUUAGCCUCAAAAGAUUUGCUUAUAUUUUUUAAGAAGGCUGGGUAGCUUUGGGUUUGCUUCUGGUGAACACCCUGUAAAUUGAUGACUAAAUUAUAGAUUGACUUUUUUUGGACUCCCUGUACUCCAAAUCCUGGGGAAACCCCUGGUGUAUAGGUAAUUUGCAUAAAAUACCAGGGAAAAGUAAGUAUCAUGAUAAUCCAUUAUUUUGUUAUGCACUUUAUGUAUUAUUAUGUCUAUGUAUUAUUAUAUUGUUAUACUUGUAGUUGAUAUUAUGUUAAGAUAUUAAAGUUUGUAAAUAGAGUAAAUUGUACCAUAUGUUUUAAAAGAAAUUUCUAUAAGUGAAAUUUCCAGAAUCUGAAAUUUGACUCAAUAAA